CGGAGACUCCAAGCUCUGUCACCCGUCAUCCUGGAUGUCAUGGCCAUGACUCAGUGAUAAAAUUUGUCUCAUGGACAGUGAGCUCACCCUGACUCUGGAGACGUGCCUUGUCCUGAUCCCACUGCUUGUCCUGGUGCUCCUGGGGCUGCGGUGGGUCCAGCCUCCUCAGGACAAAGAAUCCUCAGCCAUGAGGUUCCAGAGGCAGCACGUGGACUCAGGCAGCUCCCCCGGCAGCAACCCCAACUACUGCAAUGAGAUGAUGAAGCGCCGGAAUAUGACACAGGGACGCUGCAAGCCAGUGAACACCUUCGUGCACCAGCCCCUGGCAGAUGUCCAGGCUGUCUGCUUCCAGAAAAAUGUGCCCUGCAAGAACGGGCAGACCAACUGCUACCAGAGCAGCUCCAACAUGCACAUCACUGACUGCCGCCUG